ACACACGCACACACCUCAAAUUUUACUUUGAUGAUAACUUGUGAGUUUCGCUACUCACUACUUUUUUCAAAUUUGACUUCCGACAUGGCGGGCGAGUCCAGCGGUGAGUGACGUCACGGGAAAGAAAUUAAUUCAAUCACAUCUUUAGCCUCAUAGCAUAACUACCUCAAUCAUUUUGAACUGUCCCAAAGUGAGAGAAUUUAAACUGAGUGUGCCAUUCUACUGAAGUUUAGCUCCAUAAGCACAAUUAAACGUAAUGACGUACAGACGAUCCUGGUUACGUGGUGAUGACAUCAACGGUAGCAGGUGCAAACCAGUGCACGCGGGAAAGGUGGUCACGUGCGGCAAGCAUACGCAUCCGCACCCUAUCCUUCCUCUCGACGAGUAUUGACACACGGGUUGUGACGUCACCGAGUCGCAUGUAAUUUUAGGGUUGAUGCACAAUUCUUCUUAGCCAAGUGCAAUGGCUAAAAUGGGCGUCUCUGCCUCGGCCGAGCACGAUUCCUCGCGACGCGACGGUCACACGACGAACAAGGAAUGCAUAGCAGCGACAAACAAAUCCGAAUGCCAGCAUGGUUGAUGAAAUCACGUCAAAAGAUGUUGUUUGCGUCAUUCUCUUACCCGAGCCGUGGCCGCUCAGCAGUCGCCGUUACUCGCGCCCGGGACUGCUAGAGAGCCUUGUUCUCCCGUGCUCAUGAACGUGCGCGGGCGCUCAUACCGGAAGUGACGGCGAAAUAAGAGUGCGUGAUUGACAAGCUGCGACUGUUGCCGCGACGACGGCCUGAAAAGUCGUCUGUUUUAUUUUCCCAGUUAUUUAUGUUUUCAUUUUCAAUUAUGCUCAUCGUGCACACACACACACACAAUACUGAAGACACACUACUUGGCGUAUUGCACUAAACACACAACACACGUACAAAGUAACACACACUACACAACACACUACAUAACAGAGUAACUACUGAGGAUACUAUAAAUGUAUUCCUCCUUGCACAAUAUGCACAACGCUUACACACACUGCACAACGCUACACAUUGCAUGGCACACUCACUAUGAGUUUUGCUCGUGCUCACAAAAUAAUGCAACACAACCCAAAUACUGUACUACAUAACUCACAACACAAAAAUUGAACGUCACACACUACACAUUGCACAACAUUCACUCUGCUACAGUAGAUAACAUACAUUACACACAGACAAACUUUUUUUGCACAACACAUGCACGCUACUUGACUAAUAUGAGCUACUAAACGCGCACUAUAAAACACACAUGCACUCGGGCAGCGUAGAAUGACACUAGCAUGACCUAGCAAGAAGGUUAAAGCCAAAGUGUGUGCGGGUGCCUAUAUGGUGCUUAUUAUGAGGUGCGUGAUGUAGCGUGUAAGGAACAAUCAGUAGUAAUCAUUUGACGAGUGUGUAAGCUUGUUGUAAACACGUCGUUGCAAUUAAUCAGCAGUCAUCUUUUAAUGACCGCCGUUUUUGCAGUCCUGGCGAGGUGUCAUGUUCCUCAAUGUCCGACUGCAACCCGACCCAUCGCAGCGGGGGGGGGAAUCGGUCGCCGCUUAGCACGGAAAGAAUUCUGAGAGCCACAUUCCAGAAAUAUGCCGUCCGUCCGUUGAGCACCAUGACCCUUUGCGAGCGGAGCGUCUGUCACUCUGUGCAGAGACCCCGUGUGGAGAAUGACUAUCCUCAACGGCACGGCACAGCGUCCCGCACGGGCCUACACUCACAGUAUCCCGCUGAGGUGGGACCGGUCGCCAGAGGAUAUCGCCGCAGACACCGAACGCUUGAUCGGCACUGUGACUAAGGUCUACGACGAGAUUGGGCGCCUCUGCUUGGACGCUGUCUCCGUUGAGAACACGCUGAGGGCACUCGCCAACAUCAAGAUCCAUUACGCAGCGCGCCGUCACGCUUUGGACUUCCCGCAGUACGUGAGCCCGUGUCGGGCCGUUCGAUUGGCCAGCGCCCAGGCCGACAAACGUCUCUGCCACUUGGACGUGGAACUGAGCAUGAGGCACGACGUCUUCCUCCGAAUCGCCGCCUUGCAGAAGAAGCUCCCGGACGAAAACGUGUCGCGGGAGGAAAAACGGUUCUUGGACCGACUGGUGGCGUCGGGCAGGCGGAACGGACUACAUCUGUGUGCAGAGACAAGAGAGAAAAUCCAAAAAACAUCCAAGCUGAUCUCCGAGCUCUCCAUCGAGUUCAACAAGAACCUGAAUGAGGACAACACGUUCCUACUCGUCUCGCGGCAGCAGCUGGACGGUAUGUCCGAGAGCUUUCUGUCGGGUCUGGAUGCGGAUGAGGCGUCCGGUGCGUACAAGGUGACUCUGGCCUAUCCUCACUAUUUUCCCGUCAUGAAACGUUGCCGCGAUCCCGAGACACGGCGGAAGAUGGAGACGGCGUUUCACAGCAGGUGCAAAGAGGCGAACACGAUCAUCCUGGAACGUUUGGUGGCGCUGCGUGCCGAGUUGGCAGCUCUGCUGGGCUACAGCUGCCACGCCGACUACGUGCUGGAGGUCAACGUGGCCAAGAAUGUCGCCAACGUCGACGCCUUCCUCAAUGCCCUCCAGAAGACUCUGGAGCCGGUUGGGGCGCGGGAGCGGAAGUACAUGAUGGCGUUGAAGAAGCGCGAGUGCCUGACGAGCGGUCGGUGUUUCGACGGCCGUCUGAACGCGUGGGAUCUGCCCUACUACAUGGACCAAGUCGAGCGGCGCAAGUUUGCCGUCGACAAGGACAAACUUCUUGAGUACUUCCCGCUGGACGCAGUCACGGAAGGCCUCCUCGGGAUCUACCGAGACCUGCUGGGGCUACGCUUCAGCCGGGUGCUGUCGGCGUCCGUGUGGCAACAGGACGUCCGCGUUUAUGAUGCCCAUGACGCUGACACCGGCGAGGAAAUGGGACGCUUCUACCUGGACCUGCACCCCAGGGAGGGGAAGUACGGCCAUGCAGCGUGCUUCGCCCUGCAGCCCGGGUGCAAGGGCGCCGAAGGAGGGCGACUCCUCCCCGCGGCCGCUUUGGUCGCCAACUUCACCAAACCGGCCGGGGGUCUGCCCUCACUGCUGCAGCACCACGAGGUGGAGACGUACUUUCACGAGUUUGGACACGUCAUGCAUGAGAUUUGCUCCAAGGUGACCUUUUCGGAAUUCAGCGGCACGCAGGUGGAGACGGACUUUGUGGAGGUUCCGUCUCAAAUGCUUGAGAAUUGGGUGUGGGAGAAGGAGCCCCUGAGGAGGAUGUCCCGCCACUACAAGGACGGCUCGGCCAUCCCGGAGCCGCUGCUCGACAAGCUCAUCGCGUCCAGGGUGGCCAACACGGGGCUGAUGAACCUGCGUCAGGUGGUCCUCAGUAAGGUGGACCAAUCGCUCCACACCAACGCCACCGCGGACUCGGCCGCAGUGUUCGCAAAAUUAUGCCAGGAUAUCCUGGGUGUUCCUGCCACAGAAGGCACCAACAUGAUGGCCAGCUUCGGCCACCUGGCAGGAGGAUACGACGGCCAGUACUACAGCUAUCUGUGGAGCGAGGUCUACUCCAUGGACAUCUACUUCAGUCGCUUUAAAAAGGAAGGAAUCCUCAACCCGAAAGUAGGGAAAGAGUACAGACGCAUCAUCCUCGAGGCGGGAGGCUCAGUAGAUGGCAUGGACAUGCUACAAAGCUUCCUUGGCCGAGCGCCAUGCCAGGACGCCUUCUUCCAGUGCAAGGGACUGAUAAGCCCUUCCAACGCCACAUUGUGAUGCAAAAGUUUUUAAAGUACCCAAAUUGGGUGUGAGUGUGUGUGCGUGCGCGUGUAUGCGUGCAUUUCAUUUCAUAUACUGUAUUUGAUGUUUACAUAUGAUGUUUGCAAAACUUUUUGAAGAUGCGAUUGUAUUUUAAGCUUUACAAAGAACACAAUUGGUCUUUGACGACUACAA